AAGUUUCACUUUGUGGCCCCGUCUACGCCCACCCAAAUAUUGCGUGUUCCAAAGAUAUGCAACAAAGUUACAUCCGCAUUUUUUUAAACACUUUAUACCAGUUAACAUUGCAUCGAGGUCUUCAUACUUAUUUACUUAAUGGAAGUUAAAAUUCGCGUUGAAAGUGAAUGCCCAUUGCCAGGUGACACACCAACAUUGUUUGAAAUUACAUUGGAAAACGUGAAAUGUAUUGGAGAGUUAAAGAAGAAACUGCAACCUUUACUGAGCGUUGCCAUUUGUGACAUGUCGAUAUAUUUGUGUAAAACACCAAUUUAUGACCGAAAAUUAGAAGACAACGAGCAAAUAUCAAACUUGUAUGUACAAGAAGGAGACACGUUUAUUGUUAAGUUUAUAAGUGUAUGUGAUAUGCAGUCCAUUGGUGAAUGUCUUAACGACAUGAAAGCGUUUAUAAAGAAAGUUGUUGAUGAAUUUUCCAAGGUUUUUUUAAAAGAGGAAGUGAUUGACGUCAACUGGAAUGAUGAUGAUGAAUUCAUAUCUGUUUGUUAUCACUUAUAUGAAACAGUGUUGACGAGUUUGGAAAAAUGCAUGUGUGAUAUCUUCAUGACAUGGCGCAGCAAGAAAACAAACGCAAACAAGCGUUUCUUUGUACAAGAGGGAGGUUUGGAGUUGUUGGCAAAAUGCUACGACUUUUCCUCCAGGAAGUUUUCAAUCAAAAAUUGGGAAAAAUAUAAUCUUGGCUCUUUCAUACAUGACAUGAAUCACAACAGCAAUCGCCUAGAAAUAUCAUGUCUUCAUUGUCUGUGGAAUUUCAUGGAGAAGGAAAAGGACCGUUCUAUUGUCUUAAAGAUGAUUGGUCUUGAGCCGUUUAUUAAUAGCUUUCUCAAAGUUUCAAGUGACGUAGAUCAAGAAUAUUUUGUUAUCAGUAUUAAUGAAGCUGCAGUUGGAUGUUUGUGUGCCUUUAUUGAGCUCCCAGAUAUGCCACCAACAGUCACUAAAAAUCAAGAAAUUUUAUCCAAAUUCUUGUGGCUAACAUCAAAUGCUUCAGAUGAUUAUGAAAAGAUUGUGGCAGCUAAUGCUUUGUUUAGUUGCUCAGUGCAUCCCAAGGCUGCAGUAAAUAUGAUUGAAAACAAUUGCCACCAUUCGAUGCUUGAAGAAGCUCAACUAGCAAUGGCUGUAUUUCAAUCUGAGGAUGAUCCUUCUUAUUCACCAAUGGUUGUGUACUAUUUUUGUCUUUCCUUGGCUAAUAUUUUAACAUUGCCUGAAGAAAACGUGCUCAAGUCUGAUGAAAUUGAAAACAUCGACCAAGUCUUAGAAGAGUUUGUACAAAAAUUUAAGCCAUCUGACAUCGGCGAUUUUGAAAAAGAAAAUACUUUUACUUGGGUAACAUUGAUCCCUUUUGUCAAAUUAGCCAUGUCUGGCCCUAAAUGUGGCCAGGUGCUGAAUGGCACUGCAGAAAAAUCCCAGGAAAGUUGCGAAGCCAAGAACAAUACAGAUACGAGGAAGACCAGAACCCAGUACAUGUUUUCACCAGCUGAGAAACUAGGUUUAUUCAGUCUGUGUCAUUUAGUGAAAGUUGAUGUGAACAGAGAGAUAUUUAGGAAAGAGAAGAUUGUUGAUUACUUAAUUUGCCUCCGCUGGUUUGCUCUCAAGAGUUCAGCAACAGACGUCAAUGAUUUAUCACCUAAGCUGGACCAUUUUGGGGAACUUGAACCACCACGCUUAGAAUCAAUAGCGAAGGCAUACCUCUCAAAAUGCUUUGGGUAUAAAGUAUUAUGAGGAAGAGACAUGGUUAAGAGAGACUUGUAAAAGAUCUCUUCAUAUUACACAAACUAGGGUAAUGCUAAUUGUAUGAAAUUAUUGUAGUAAGAAUGGCUUUAUAUUACGCGUAUGAUAUAUGUAGCAUACUGGCUUCAUAUCUUUUUGAAAACAGAUACUAUAAUAUAUGCUAAGCUAGCUAGCCCAAAUAAAACACAUGUGACAUGUCCGAACUAAAGUGGCGGCCGCCUAGGGUUUCACAUGGAGGUAGUAUCAUCCUCAGUAUGUAAAGUUGAGCUGUAUUAUAAUAUUUAUAUAGGUGCCAUUGUGAUGGUGCUAUUCUAAUUAGUUACCAUGCAACCGGGCAAGAUAAAAAAUCACAAUAUUAACUCA